AUGGACCCAGAAGCGGAGCGGCACUUCAAGCUGUCACACUCCAUUGAUGGGUGCCAGUACGCCACGGCGACAUCGGCGGCCCAUCGCAAACGGCUUGAGGAGCAGCCGGCUCAGUCCUUCCAGAUCUUCCAUCCAGAGGCGGCCAAGGCCCUUCGCAUUCAGUCCGAGGCCCUCCAAGGGCUCUCAGCCGCUGACCUCAAGGUCAACCUCCUGGACUUCAAAGCAGCCUUGAAGAAACGGAUGCUGGAGGAGACUUCUGGCCGCACAGAGGAUGCCCUUCAGGCGGCAAUCACCUCCAUGGAGGAGGCCAAAGCAGCAAACAAGCAGAUCCAGGACCAGGGCACGGCAUUCAUGGAACAGUUUGCCCUCAACCCCGUGGAGAUUUCGGCGCGGCCGACUGAACUCAAACACAAGUUGAAGCGGUGCCUAUUCUGUCCUACGGCUCCCCUGGAUUGGCACGAGGUCCCGGACCCCUCCGAUAUGUUGCGCCACUACCUUCCGGCUAUGAGGGCACUACAAGACGGCAAGAAUCCAUGGGCAGGUCAUCCCAAACUCUUGGAGGAAAGGCCCGAUCUCAAGCACACGGUGGCCACCGCGGAACCUGGGGCUGCGUCAACUCCUGGCGCCCUUGGGCCAGCGGUGACCGGCCCGGGCAUGGCAACCCUCAAUGAAAUGGAUGAGGAGGAGUUCAGUCCGCCCCUCCCGGACUGGGCACAGCCCAAAGCUGGUGCACCAUCAGCCAAGGAGAUGGACAAGUACCGGGCACUGGAGAGACGGACCCACCCAUGCUCCUUCGGCUCGGACAUGGUGGAGCCCUUCCACUACACUGACCAGGAGGUGGAAGAACAGAGGCGACGAGAAGUGAGAGAGAGCCGCACAUGGGACUUGAAAUCCCUCAUCCACAUUUACUCGACACGGUACACCUUCAAGUACAUCUACAGCUUGUGGUGCAGUCUCCCCCUGGCCAUCGAAUCCAAACAACGUGGCAAAGAUGCUCCGGGCUCAGCCACCAAGACCCGGAACUUGAAGCGCACCGAGGCCCGCAAGGAGGCCAGUUCUUUCCUGGCUGCCCUGGGCUUAGACAAGCCGACGGACAAGGAGGAAUGGCGCCGGGUGCUCAGAGAGAUGGGUGGCCCCGGUGCAUGA